CUAGCAAACAAAAUUAACUAACUCAAAAACAACAUUCGAUGUUUAAUUUUAAUUUAAUCGCUAAUCGUUUACCUAAAAAUUGGCCCUAAGAUGUCAAAUGUUGUUGGAAAAAGUUAAAACUAAUUGUUUACAAAUUUCUUAAGGAGAAAAAUUUGCAAUAUCUUAGACUAUUUUCUUUGAUUUGCCAUGACUAGCCGUAAAUGUAUUAUGGGAUGUGAGGAUGUACAUCCACUUCAUUCUUUUCCUGCUUCCGCUAAAAGGCGUGCUGAAUGGUGUCGAAUUUUGGGUAUAUAUCCAAGGACAAAGAGUGUAAAAAUAUGCAGUGCUCAUUUUUCCAAACUUGAAUUAUUUGGCAAUCGUGUAAAUAAAUUUACAUUACCGAAUCCUCCAGUAAAUAACACAACUCAAACACAAAGUUCGUUUCAAAUACCGAAUUAUCAAAAGAAACAACAUACAAAUACAUCAGAUAGUACUAUAACAAAAUUUCCAAACGAAUUGGAUUUUAGAACAGAAGAAGACUUAAAUGAAAUAAUUGAAACUGAGGAGCAAUUGCUUGAAGACACCUUGCCAGAGAACAAUAAUGACACAGAAAAUAGUGUAAAAGACUUUGAAAUACGUAAGGGCACUACAAAUGAUAUGAUAAUUAAGGGACGUUACGUUCAAACCAAAGAUUAUUUAGUUGUUGCCUAUACCCCGCCCCGCAAGUGGACGCUGCAAGAGCAAGUCGAAUUAUUGGAUAAACAAUGCGAGCAACAAUUAAGACAAAUACGACAUCUUAAUAAGGAAAACUAUCGCUUACACAUAGAAUUGAAAAAGUAUGAAAAACUAUUGCCGAAAUUGAGAAAUUUGCAGGCGAAAGCAUCCUAUUUUUGUGCACAACUCAAAAAGUGUAAACAAGAGAGGAACUUGUUGAGGAGGCGAAUAAAUACUCGAAAGAACAAGUAGCUGAAAUGUUAUAAAGGACAUUAAAUACUAUUGUUGCUUAAUUUAAAUAAAUUAUUUGAAACAUCUUUAAUUUUUCAAAA